AUGCGUGGGAUGAUGGGCAGCCAGAGUAGCCCUGUCAAGAGUUACGACUACCUACUUAAAUUUCUCUUGGUGGGAGACAGUGACGUUGGUAAAGGAGAAAUACUGGACAGUUUACAAGACGGCUCGGUGGAGUCACCCUACGCUUACAGCAGUGGAAUCGAUUACAAAACAACCACUAUACUGCUGGAUGGAAGAAGAGUGAAAUUAGAGUUAUGGGAUACAUCUGGUCAGGGCAGAUUCUGUACCAUCUUCAGGUCUUACUCAAGAGGAGCACAGGGUAUUCUCCUUGUUUAUGACAUCACUAAUGGUUGGUCAUUUGAUGGCAUUGACCGCUGGAUCAGAGAAAUUGAUGAGCAUGCCCCAGGUGUGCCCAGGAUCUUGGUUGGCAACCGACUUCACUUGGCCUUUAAACGUCAGGUUCCAACAGAGCAAGCAAGGGCUUAUGCUGAGAAAAACAGCAUGACCUUCUUUGAGGUCAGCCCUCUGUGUAACUUCAAUGUCAUCGAGUCUUUCACUGAACUGUCGCGCAUUGUGCUCAUGAGGCACGGAAUGGAAAAGUUCUGGAGGCCUAACAGAGUUUUCAGCCUCCAAGAUUUGUGCUGCCGUUCCAUCGUCUCCUGCACGCCGGUGCACCUCAUUGACAAGCUGCCGCUGCCUGUGGCUAUCAAAUCCCACCUCAAGUCCUUUUCCAUGGCCAACGGCAUGAAUGCAGUCAUGAUGCAUGGCCGCUCCUACUCGGUGACCAACAGUGCAGCCUCCGGCGGCGCAAGCAGUGGAUGCAAAGCCAACAGUAUCAAACGCUCCAAGUCCUUCAGGCCCCCACACAGUCCACCGAGAACCUCUUCAUCCUCUUCCACCAAGGGGAACUGUAAAAUAUCGUAG